CAGCUCCCCAGGAAUAUGAUUGAAAACAGCAUGUUUGAAGAAGAACCAGAUGUGGUAGAUUUAGCCAAAGAGCCUUGCUUACAUCCUCUAGAGCCCGAUGAGGUGGAAUAUGAGCCCCGAGGUUCACGUCUGCUGGUUCGGGGCCUUGGGGAGCAUGACUUGGAGGAGGAUGAAGAAGAUUGUGAGUCAUCUGCAAAGCUUCUGGGCAUGUCCUUCAUGAACAGAAGCUCAGGCCUCCGGAACACCACAACCGGCUACAGGCAGGGCUCUAAUGGCCCUUGUUCAGUGCCCUCUGCAAGGACCAUGGCAGCCUGUGCUUUUGUCGUUAUGAUUGCUGUUUCUGUCAUCAUGGUGAUUUACCUGUUGCCCAAAUGUACCUUUACCAAAGAAGGCUGCUAUAAAAAAAACCAAUCAAUGAGAUUCAUUCAGACACAGGUAAAGGAGAAGAAUUCAUUUCCAUGGGCACACACCAGACUUCCUACUACCAUUAAACCACUACGCUAUGAAGUUAACCUGCACCCAAACCUCACUUCGAUGACUUUCACGGGUUCUGUGACAAUUUUACUUCAAGCUCUUCAGGCCAAAUGGAAUAUCAUUCUUCAUAGUAAAGGCCAUAAUAUUUCAAAAGCGACCAUUAGGUUAGCAGUUGCAAGCGAAGAGCACAAUGUUGAGGUCGUGGAGUAUAAUAAAACUGAACAGCUUGCUAUUAUUGUCCCCGAAGCCCUUCUUGAAGGACAUAAUUACACCUUGAAGCUUGAGUUUUCAGCAAAGAUAUCUCCGCACUACUAUGGGUUUUAUGGCUUCACCUACACAAAUGAAAAGAAUGAGAAAAAGCUCUUUGCGGGGACUCAGUUUGAGCCCUUGGGAUUAAGAACUGUUUUUCCGUGUUUUGAUGAACCAGCAUUUAAAGCCACAUUUCUCAUCCGGAUCAUAAGGAAUAAGGAGCACUCUGCUAUAUCAAAUAUGCCUAAGAAAUCAUCCGUCGUUCUGGAGAAUGGACUCGUUCAGGAUGAGUUUUAUGAGAGUGUGAAGAUGAGCACGUAUCUGGUUGCUUUCGUUGUGGGCGAGAUAAAGAACCUGAGUCAGGAGGUUAAUGGAACCCUGGUUUCUAUAUAUGGUAUACCAGAAAGGAUUGAUCAGUUUCACCAUGCCCUGGGGGUAGCUGUGAAAGUUUUUGAGUUUUUUCAAAACUACUUUGAAGUUCCAUACUCAAUUAAUAAAUUAGAUUUGGCGGCUAUUCCUACCAUUUAUGCAGGAGCAAUGGAAAAUUGGGGUUUGAUCACCUUUCAAGAACAGACACUUCUGCACGGCACUCCGUCUUUUUCAGUGACGGAAAUAAGAUUGCUUCGUAAAAUCAUGGCUCAUGAGAUAGCCCAUCAGUGGCUUGGUAAUUUGGUAACCAUGCAGUGGUGGAACGAUCUAUGGCUGAAUGAAGGUUUUGCCACCUUCAUGGAAUAUUUCUCUUUGGAAAAAAUAGCCGAUGAGCUCUCAGUUUAUGAAGAAUUAUUAGAAAAUCAAUUUAGAUACAUGAAGAUUGAUUGUUUGAAGUCAUCUCAACCAAUGUCAUCUCCAGCAUCAUCUGUUGAAUCAUUACAGCAAAUUGGAAGAAUGUUUGAACCUAUUAACUAUUUUAAGGGAGCUUCCCUCUUGUUGAUGCUGAAAACGUACGUUGGUGAAGAUGUGUUCCAACACGCUCUUAUUCGCUACCUGAAAAAACAUAGUUUUUCAUCCAUUCAAAAUGAUGAUCUGUGGGAUAAUUUUAAUGAGGUCACCGGCCCAACAUUAGAUGUAAAGAGAAUUAUGAAGACCUGGACCCUGCAGAAUGGAUUACCUUUAGUUACUGUUCAAAGAAAAGGAAGAAACGUUACUGUACACCAAGAGAAAUUCAUAAUGAAGCCUGAGAUUCAACCCUCAAAUGAAAGCUACCUAUGGGAAAUUCCACUCUCCUAUAUCACCGAUAGAACAAAUAAUUCACAAUAUCCAUCAGUAUUCUUACUGACCAAGGAAUCAGAUACCAUCAUUCUUCCAGAAGAAGUAGAGUGGAUCAAAUUCAAUGUAGACAUGAAUGGCUAUUAUAUGGUACACUAUACUGAUGACUGGGAAGCACUGAUCAAGCAGUUAAACACCAAUCCUUAUGUUUUUAGUGACAAAGACCGAGCCAACCUCAUCAACAACAUCUUUGUGCUUGCAGGCAUUGGCAAGGUCCCUCUUCAGCAGGCUUUUGAGUUGAUUGCUUACCUUGGAAAUGAGACCCACAACGCCCCCAUCACUGAAGCCCUAUACCAGACCCGCUUCAUCUUUGACCUUCUUGAGAAGGUGGGACACUUGGAUCUGGCCUCAAGAUUGGAGAAUAGAGUAUUGAAUUUGCUUCAUAACCAAAUACAACAACAAACCUGGACUGAUGAUGGCAGCCUAUCCAUGCGAGAUCUUCGGUCAAAAUUGCUAGGAUUUGCUUGUACCCACAACCUCAAGAACUGCACCACUGUCGCCAUGAAACUCUUUGAUGAUUGGAUGUCAUCCAAUGGAACUCAGAGCAUACCUCUUGAUGUCAUGUCCACUGUGUUCAAAGUUGGAGCCAAAACUGAGAAAGGAUGGUCAUUCCUUUUAAGCGCAUAUGACACUGAAAAUUCUGAAGGAAAGAAGGAAAUGAUACUUAAAGCUCUUGCCAGCACAGCAGAUAUAAGGAAUCUUUACAGGUUAAUGAAAAUUAGCCUGGAUGGGAACAGGAUUCCUACAUUUAGGCUAUCUGCCAUCGUUCAAGAAAUGAGUCAAAGCCUUCUUGGACACUUACUGGCUUGGAAUUUUGUCAAAGAGAACUGGGAUGUGCUUGUACAAAAGCUUGCUGUGAGGUCCUAUCCCAUGCGAGGUAUUAUUGCUGCAUUAACUCACAUGUUUUCAACAAAGACACGUCUCUCUGAGGUCCGGGGAUUCUUUGAAACUCAGCCAGAAGAUACCUUUAAGUACAAUAGUAUUCAGGAUGGAUUGGAAGUCAUUCAGCUGAAUAUCCAGUGGAUGGAGAAGAACUUACAAGCUCUGACGUUGUGGCUGUAG